UUCCACUGAAUAGCAAAAAGUUAUCUUCACUAUACAACUUGUGCACGUCCAUAUCUCUCCAACUUUCUUGAUUGAAACUAACUUUUUUUUUUUUCUCAAGCGACUGAUAAAUUGUAACGUCUCUCUCUCUUUCCCUGUCCAUUUUAUUUUGUGUUGGAGAUUGAGUUCAGAGGAAAAGAUGGGGUUUUUGAUAUCUAUGUUUCUCAUGUUAAGUUUAGCAACUCACAAGAGUUUGAGUGAUAAAAUUAGGAGUGAUUUCCCUACAGAUUUCAUCUUUGGGGCUGGAACCUCAGCAUAUCAAGUUGAAGGAGGAGCUUUUGAGGAUGGAAGGAAGCCCAGCAUUUGGGAUGCUCACACUCAUGCCGGACAGUGCCCUAGUGUGAAGAUAGUGCCCAAUCUAAAAGGGAAAAUGCCAGACAAGAGCACUGGAGAUGUAGCCGCUGAUGAAUACCACAAAUACAAGGAAGAUGUAAAACUCAUGCAAGAAACAGGUCUAGAUGCCUACAGGUUCUCCAUCUCAUGGUCUAGGCUUAUCCCAGAUGGAAGGGGAGCAGUUAAUCCAAAGGGCCUGGAGUAUUACAAUAAUCUCAUCAAUGAUCUCAUCAGCCAUGGAAUUCAGCCGCACGUUACUCUUUUCCAUUAUGAUCUUCCCCUUGCACUCGAGGAAGAGUACAAAGGAUGGCUAAGCCCAAAGAUAGUGGAUGAUUUCAAAGCUUUUGCAGAGGUGUGUUUUAGAGGGUUUGGAGACCGAGUGAAGUAUUGGUCAACUCUCAAUGAGCCCAAUGUGCUCAUACCUACUGGCUACGACUACGGAACUCUUCCUCCACAACGAUGCUCUCAACCCUUUGGCUUUGUAAAUUGUACGGCUGGUGACUCAACUACAGAGCCAUAUAUUGCUGGUCACAAUGCAUUGCUUGCACAUGCAGCUGCUGCCUCACUAUACAAGGAGAAGUUUCAAAGUGAACAAAAAGGCUUCAUUGGGUUGACAAUUUUUUGCUAUUGGUACACUCCAGUGACAAACUCAACAGCAGAUAUAAAAGCAAGACAAAGAGUCCUUGAUUUUCAUAUUGGGUGGUUUCUCAACCCCCUGUUCUUUGGGGAUUACCCUGAUAUCAUGAAGAAAAUUGCUGGCUCAAGAUUGCCAACUUUUACUGAGGAAGGAUCUGAAAUAGUUAAGGGAUCGUUCGAUUUUAUUGGAGUGAACCACUAUGCAUCUCUGUUUGUAUUAGAUGAUUCAAACCGUACAAAAACAGAUCAAAGAGAUUAUCAAUUAGACAUGUUUGCUAAGUUUAUGGUGUCUAAGGAUGGUGAGCCCACAACUCAGCCGGCUAUCGCAUUUCCAGUUGUACCAUGGGGAAUACGAAGACUUCUUGAGUACAUCAAACAAACUUAUAAGAACCCCAUGGUUUUUAUCCAUGAAAAUGGUUAUAGAAUUCCAUGUAAUAAUUCGACUCCUCUGUCCGAAGCAUUGAAUGACACUGCUAGAGUGACAUACCUGGAAAACUACAUUGAAGGCUUGCUUGAUGCUGUGAGAAAUGGUUCCAACACCAAGGGAUACUUUGUAUGGUCGUUCAUCGACCUUUUCGAGAUCUUGGAAGGUUACAGGUUUCGAUAUGGUCUAUAUCAUGUGGAUUUUGGAGACAAGGAUUUAAAGAGAUACCCCAGGCUCUCUGCAAAUUGGUACUCUAAUUUCAUUAAAAAGAGAACUAAGGGGCGAGAAAUAGAGCCUCGUCUGCUUGAUUUGUUUCACUCUUCAGUGUAGAUUCAGAUUUGCAUUUGUGACCUUUGCCACUUUGCAUCUAAUUAUGUAAUCUCGUUGGUUUAAGGCUUGUGCUUCAUUCUAAACACCCAAGCAAUUGAGAGAAUAGAAGAGGAGUUUAUAUGGAAA